AUGAGUUCUCAAGAAAGUGGAGCUGAAUCAGAGUUGGAAAAUGAUAUUAGUGUAGAAAGUAUAAAAACAAUUGCAAGCUCGUAUGGUAUAACCAAGCUGAAUGAUGAGGCACUACAGUUUUUACUUGAUGACGUUAAUUUUCGCUUGAAAGAAAUUUCUCAGGUAGUUUUCUAUGCUUUUUGGUGGCAUGUAUAAAUAAGGUCGAUUUACAUUUUACACUACACAAGUUUUGCCUAAAACUAUCGCAUGCAAAUAUGCAAUUCUCCUUACAACUUGAAUUAUAAAUUGUGCUGUUUAAAUUAAGCAUGCAACUCACCUACGACAACAUAGAUGAGUUGUGUGCUUGAUUUACACAUGCAGUACAACUCAAGUUGUAAGCAGGUUGCAUGCGACAGUUUUAGGCAAAUAGGCAAAAGUUAUAAUACUAAUGUUUAAUCUGGUUUAUACCAGUCAAUGGCCAAUUCAAGAAAGCUUGAAAAAAUUACUAUCCAGCUUUCGUACAACCAGCUCUAGGCAUUUGAAAAUUACUGCUGAUGCCACAAUUCCUGUUUAUUUAUAUAGUUUAUGGCAAAAUUUAUUUAGGAAUAUGUUUAUUAGAUCACAAGUGUGGAAAGUUUGUAUCAAGCAACUGCCAGGGUGCAUUCCAUGUAAACGCCACGCCGAAGGUUUUAAAAUACAAUUUUUUUUACGCCAAGAAAUUUGAAGUCUCAUGCCAGCUGAUAAUAAACUGAAUGUAGGACAAUAACAUUAAAAGCAAAAAAUGUCGCUAUGACGUAAAACAGAAUACUUAAAUGCGAUAAAAAAAUCGAGAAAUGCGCCUACUAGCUAAAUAAACAAUUUACAGUAUUCUUUUUCGAUAACGAUACUCGAACAUCAUGUUCAGUUGAAUACGUUUUAGCUUUAAGAAUUAGAAACAUUCUCAUGAUUCAUAUUUAAUGUUUUGUAGUAGACUUAUAUUUUUAAAUAAAUAAAGAAAUGUACGCCGGCGCCGCGGUGCUGUUACGCCAACAUCCUAGCGAUUUUACAUUUGUACGCCGUUACGUCAAGAGGAGUACAACUCCAUGCCGGAGAUCUCCGAACUUUUGUGCACGGAAUGCACCCUGGAGCAACUGAGACAUUGAGUUCACAAUUUUGAUUCGAUUGUACUUGUAUAUACUGUACCAGAAUAAGAAUCAUAUAUGACGUACUGUAUUGUGUAGACUGGCCUUUAUGCACCUGAAUAUAUUUGCAGGUGCAUAAUAUCUAGUGUAAAUGGUUAGGGUUAGAUAACCCUAAACCAUACCCAUAACCCGAAUACAAAUUAUGUCUAUUCAUGCAUGUAUUGUAACAUAUAUGGGUAUAUAAACCAUGUUGUCUCCAGCACAAUCUAAUGGGCAUUGCUGAAUACUGACCAGAAUUCCAUACAUGUGUAUUUUGCUAUUCAACCAAUCAAAACAGCAUACACAAUACAGUUAAGUGCACAUUUAGGUGAGAAAUUCAAUUUCAUUUGUCAUAUUGUUAAAACAAUGCUAGUACAUCAUCAGCAAGCCAGCUUUGCAUGUGUGAGAUAGUGAAUGCAGCAGUAAGGUACAUAUGUCCCAGCAAGGAACUCAGUCAUGCAGUCACCCAUUGAGUUAGGUGUGUUUCUGAUCAAAAUAUGGGUCAUGCUGGUCAGAAAUUUUUCAAAGGCGGGAGCUGCGCACACUCUGCUACCCAUAAUGCCCUGCUUGGCAAUAUAGCCCCUCACCAUGUAUUUCUGAUGUUACUUUAAUUAAAUACUUCAAGCACUGGAAAACUAUAGAAACAAACCAUAAAUUAGUGUUUCUGCUGUAAAAAAAUAUGUUGCUUAUCCAUGAGACUACAGCAGCUGUCAACAUCUUGAUGAAAUUGCAAUGUAUCAUUACUCAUAAUAUUCAUGUCUCUAUAUCAUGCAGUGCAAUUUCAUUAACAAAACUACUGAUUUUAUUCUGUUUGACUCGUACUUUUUCAUUGCAAACUGUGUAAGUGUUUUUCGUUGGAAACUGUCAACGCAAUUAGCAGAGACAACUUAUAUUCAUCAUCAUUGUUAGUACAAAUGUGUGUUGAAAUAUUCUUUGGAGCUGUGGUUAUCACUUAUCAGAGAUUGGGAAAAUAUUUUCCUGGGUGCAAACCUGCUGAUAAAAAUUUCCUGAAGACCAACUGAGUAUAUUUAUGCUAAAUCUGUUCUUAAACAUAGUGGCAUAGUUUAAAUUCAAGGAAAGAUGGCAAAAGGGUCCAUAAUGGAACAUGCUUGUUCAAAAAUUUCAAGGUGCAAAUCUUCGACCUAACAAAUUUCCUGCAUCUGUUAAACAUUUCGUGUGAGUAGCACUAGAAAAAAAAUAGUGAAGUUCAUACUAUGGAAUUUGCUAACUCCAUAGUAUGAAUCCAUAAUCACUAAAUCCAUAGUAUAUCCAUACUAUUUCCAUUCUACUGUAUAUAUCCAUAGUAUGGAAAUUGCAUUUAGCAUGAAGAUUGGAUUUCCAUACUAUUUUCAACUAAGAUGCAUACUAUUUCCAUAUAGACAUAGUAAGGAUUUGAAAAAAAGUUCCAGUGUAGUGCUUGCAUGCACAACUAUUUUUCCUCCCCUCGUGGUUGCAUGGCUAUGUAACGCCUACGUGUUGCACGCGGAAAUGGGUCGCUAAGAGACUCCAUGGAAAGUGCACAGCUAUAAUGAUUGCUUCAGCUUCUUAUAUAAUAUGAUACAGACGGUGAACAUGUUCCUCAAGAAGAGCAGCCAGAAUCCUUUGUAUUGAUCUAAUCAGUGUCUUUCCCAUAUGCCAUCAAAUUGGCUAGUUCAGUUGUAGUGCACAGUGGAUUCAGUUGAUGUUGCAUUUCAACAAUUUUGCCUAUUAUGUUAUGCCAUAAUCCGUUGUGAAUAUGAACGAAGCCUACAGUACACUGAACUGUCGCGCUUCCGUGGAUAAAGAUAUUUCCUGCCUUGAUACUGUUGUCAUCCAUUUCUUCUUACAGUAGGUACUGUACGCAGUCACAUCUUGUAAGCAUCUCCCUGAUUAAACCUCAUUCUGUGAUUAAUGUUGUGGAGAGUCCAUCUUCCUUUGAUUGUCAAACCCCAAUGUGAACAUUUCGAUUUUAUUCCCUGAAGUUUUUUUCUGUAUAUAUCCACCUGUUGAUUAUAAUGUGUCCUGGCACGUUUCUUGCACGAAAUACGUCGGGAGGGUGAAAAAUCAUCAUUUUUGUAUUUUUAUACGACUGUAUUCUUAAAGCCGAGAUAUUUUAUGUGGUGAAAACUAUAUGUUGAUAAAAUGAAAACAUAAUAUAGAUAUUUACGUUUCAAAUUUGAUUGAAAUAUUUUUUUGCGCGAAAUACGGGCAUGUGUUGACAGCAGAAGACCUUGUAAGCCCUUGGUUUCAAAUAUCAGGUCAUGAUAGCAAGCUGCGUGUUGCGGCCUUCAAUGCCUUUUAAGUAGAAUCUAAAACUUUGUAGUGAUUGUCAAAUUCUUCAUGUAACCGAAAUAAACAGCGGGAUUGGUCUUACUAUUGUGCAGUAUAGCCUGUUUAUAAUCGAAUGUAAUCGAAGCACGUUUACCAUGAGAAUAAUCAAUCUCGUAUUAGAAAGUGUCACCUUGUUGUCGUUAAUUAAGAGGCAAUGGGCGGUGUAUUGCUCUGAUAAUCGAAUAACCCGCGGAAACUUAUCAUCUUCGUCAACAAAAAUGUAAGAUUCAAACUUUUGUUAAACUCGGGUAUUGCCCAAUUUUCUUCAAAUUUUCACAGAAGACGCACGAGAACCAGGGCUACAAUAGUAUGUACGGUAGCUGUAUGAUUUCAUUUUUUACUUAUUGCCCUUCGAACACAAAACAUUACAAAAAGAAAAAAGAAAACCUAUACAGUAGCUAUACCGCACACACUUUUGUUGAGGCAUCAUUUGACUUUCCGAAAAGCUUAUUUUGGAGGGAUUUUAUUAAAACCAUAGCUUAACGAAACUUUUCGCGUGAAGUGAGUGCGUUUUUCCUUCGUCUGCAAAAUAAACGAAACCUUAAUAAAUGGUGAAAUAGUAUGUUCAUUAACUGAUUGAACAUUCAUUGUACUAGUGAGCUAAAUUGGUUGAAAACAUGCACAGGCCGGAAUUUCACGCGCGCAACGUGUCUCAUUAAUUAAAUUAGUGUAACUGUAACCUUAAUUAAAUGAGUUUUGAAUACAUGUUUCUUGUAUAGUGAACGUUUGCCAAUAUAUGCACUCUUCCGAAAAGAACAUUAUUUGGAGCCCAUAAAAAUGUUCAAAUUGAUAUAACUAAAUGAUUUCGUAAGUUUUAGAACUUACAGACCCAGUCCCACUUGGGACAGUGCAAUGGCAGUAGGGAAACAUAGGACUAUACCGCACCACAGUUAAUAGAAAUAGAACCUCACCUAUAUACCUAAUAAAUAAAUUUGCAGUACUAAAUUUACGUGGUGUUUCCACAAACAAAAGUAUUAUAUGUUUUAUCGCCAUGCAAACCUACAAAGAACUUAUACCGCACCUCCCGAGCGCAAGAAACACUGUGCAUGCAUGCGUAUUGUUAAAUCCAACCAAGGGCCACAAAGGACCAAAGGCAAGAUGUAAAAUGGGCUCCGAAAAGACCCGAGUAAAGCGAUCGAACUGGCUAUGGCAGAAUGCCAAAGAAUGCCACCAAUAACAAGAGAAAAACUCUAAAGUUAAGGUCUUGAUCAUAGAACGAGAAUCUAUAGCCAACUGUGAAGGCAAUGCAUUUCCGAGAAGAUAUUUUAGGCAAGGAAACCCUAGUCAGGUUCCUUGCCAAACAGACUUCUCCUCUGUUUUACAAAUUAUCCAUCCUCGAAGUUGCAAAUUGAAGAAAAUUAUAUUCUUGUUUCAGCUCCACUUGAUGAGACUAUAAUGCAGUAUGCACCAGCGGGGUUGCCCUUGCAAUAUAUGGUCUUUUUAAGGACUAUCCCAGAUAUCAUCUCGAGCAGUCAAAGUGUCAAAACAUGAUAACUCAAAUCUUCAGUGCACAAGAUGCUUUUAUUCGGAGUAUGUGUUGUUUCAUAUUUCCUAAAGCUGUCGGCUGAAAUUAAGGAAUUCCAGUCAAAAUACACGCCAACAUGGGUUAUGCCCCACACUCUUUCAUUUUUUAUUGGUAUAUCACAUAGAAAUAUUAGACCUAUUAUUUCUAUUACUAUGUCUAUUAUUUCUAUGCAUAUCACCUUGAUCUGUCGUUCCUAUAUAGACCGUAUAACUUCUGUAAGAAGAGACGAGAAUGCAAGUGAAAAUGUGCGGAAACAAAUGUGAUGGAAUGUAGACAUAUAACACUGUUAAUUUCAUGGAGUUAAUUUAACUCCAAAGGUGGAGUAAAAUGUGGUUUAAAAGAACUCCACUGGAGUGAAAUUAACUUUCUGGAAUUAUCAGUGAACUUUGCGCUGUACACAGGAUAAGAACAGGACAAAAUAUGCUGCUGCAGUUUCGAAAUGUCAGAAGCUUGCAUGCAUGGGAGAUGUUCCAGAGUUGUUCUCAGUUGGGGAUAACGGAUUUUUAUUGUUUGAUACAAAUCAUUAUUCUGCCUUGCACCCUUUUUUGAGACUUAAAAUAAUGCCCCUUAUACAUUUAAAUUGAAGAAAUGAAAUGUACAUAGUAAAUACUAAUGAUAUAUGGAUUACUAGCCAAAGGUUCUUUUAAAAAUGUCCGAACUGGGAUUAAUCGGAAUUGGAUGUUUAGUAAUUUCUAAUUUGUUUUCAUGACGAGUUCAUAUACUUGUGGUGAUUGAUGUAUGUUAUUUUGCCUUGUCAUUCAUUCAUUCAUUCAUGUAUUUAUUGCAGGAAGCACUGAAAUUUAUGCAUAAAGCGAAACGAAGAAAGUUGUCUUCAAGUGAUUUUGACAAUUCUUUAAGAGUGAGGAAUGUUGAGGUAUGGCAGCCAUAACAUGUACUGUAUAUAGAAUAUUAUAAAAUUGAAUUUAAUACUGUACAGGGUGUCUCAAAAAAACCUGCUAUACCCUUGGAAAUUCACCAUUGUUCUAAUUUGAAUGCCUGAGUGCUAUCUUGAACUCAUGGGUGCAUGAACAAUUUGAAUGGAAUUUUAUGCUUGAGAAGUUAUUGAAAAGUUUCUGGUUUUGUUCAGCAUAUGACUGAUUGAUUUAAACGCAACAAAAAUACGUAAGUUAAACAAAACGUUGUUUAUUUUUACAAUUAUUAAGCACCUCGUCCUUCGACGUGGCCCCCAUUUCUCUCAACACAAAGUAAUGUUCGUCUAUGCAUAUUACGCACGGCUCGGCUAAUGAGGGCAGGCUGUUGUCGUAAAGCAUCAAACUCUUCGAUGAUUCUUUAGCGUAACACAUCAAUAUCGUGUGGUGGAGUGGCAAAGAUUUUGUCUUUGAGAUAUCCCCAAAGGAAAUAGUCACACGGUGUUAAGUCCGGUGAGCGAGGAGGCCACUCAACAUUGUGACCUAACCCUAUGAUGUGGUUAUUUCCGAAGACUUCGUUCAGCCGAUCUCUUACUUGAAUGAGACGAUGUGCUGGAGCGCCGUCUUGUGCCCACCAAAUACCCCGAAACAAUCCUUCCCAAUAUUGAUUGUUGAAAUGCACAGCGAGAUUCGGGAAAACAAAUUCGUUAAGCAUUGCAAGAUAGGAAUGUCCGUUAACAUUUUGUUCGAAAAUGUAAGGUCCAACAAUUAAACCAUUUCCGCAGAGUCCUGCCCAGACAGUCAGUUUGGCACGGGAAUUGUUCCUCUCAAAAUUGAAUGCGGGCGGAUGUCCUUUAGGUGCAUAUUCACGAACAUUAUGUGAGUUCACUUCACCAUUAAGGGCAAAUCCUGCUUCGUCUCCUAUUAGUAGACUGUCCAAGAAAUGUUCGCCUCGGCAGCGUUGAUUGAACCAUUCUGAGAAGCGUAAAGGCCGGCGCACACUGGAGCUAUGUGCUUAGCCAAAUUUCAUUCGUGCCCAUUGGCGUAAGGAGAUAGCUCUCGUGUGCGGGCGAUUUACGAACAACUUUUGUCAUUCGUGCCACUUACGCCAAAUAUCAAACAUGUUUGAUAAUUUCUGCCUCGCGUGCCAAAAUCUUUCCGUGUGCGGCGAACGAAAGCCUUUUGCUUACGGAUUGUCUUAACAGCGCAUGCGUAGUAUACGAAAGUAAACAUCCAAGAUGGCGGCGCAAAAUGAAUUGCUGGCCGAGGCAAUUUUGCGCCGCCAUCUUGGAUGUUUACUUUCGUAUACUACGCAUGCGCUGUUAAGACAAUCCGUAAGCAAAAGGCUUUCGUUUGCCGCACACGGAAAGAUUUUGGCACGCGAGGCAGAAAUUAUCAAACAUGUUUGAUAUUUGGCGUAAGUGGCACGAAUGACAAAAGUUGUUCGUAAAUCGCCCGCACACGAGAGCUAUCUCCUCACGCCAAUGGGCACGAAUGAAAUUUGGCUAAGCACAUAGCUCCAGUGUGCGCCGGCCUUAAUUGACGUGGGAAGUCGCCUGCUAACAACUGGUGUCGCACAAACAUUUGAUAUGGGUGCCAUUGCAGGUCAAGCCUUGUUAUUCUGUUAAAGCUUGCAUGUGAAAUUUGAAGAGGAUUUCGGCGAGCACUCACACUUUGUGUUUGCUGGAGCAGAGCUCUAACAGCGUCAACAUUUUCCUCAGAUCGUGUGGUUCGUCUCCUACCAGAAUUACCUUUAUUAAGGUUAAGACACAGAAUAAGGCACACAGAAGGGCACACUGGCCGCCAUCUUCCUAGCCAGUCGAUUACAUUUUCUGGCCAAUAAACGCGCUGUAUUGGCUGGCCGCCAUCUUCCUGGCCAGUCAAUUGCAUAUUUUUGCAUAGAAAAAUUGUGACACGUUGCACCGCUGAGUGGCCCUUCUGGUACUGAUCUUUAUUCUGUGGUUAAGACUCGAUCCAGCGUUCGUGUAUUUUCUUACGUUGCUUAAAAUUGUUGUUUUAGCAGGUGGAUUCCGAUCAGGAAACCUUUCUCGAAAAAGGUUUUGGACUGCGCCUAGACUUUGGGUUCGCGUAUAAUUUAAGACAAUAAAUACUCUUUGCUCUGUGCUCAGUUGAGCCAUUUGCUUGACAUUCACUAAUAUGUAAUUGAACGAUUUUCGUGCAGUUAUACUUUUGUAUGAACCUAUUUUCAAUUCCCAGGAUAAAAAAUUUCGCUUUUCAAGGAUAUUUUAAUUCCGAAGAUCUUUAAUAUAUGCAUCCUCUGAAAAUAUUUACGCAUUCAUGGCUUCAACAAGGUUCAGGCAUUCAAAUUAGAACAAUGGUGAAUUUCUAUGGGUAGCGGUUUUUUUGAGACACCCUGUAGAACCUCCAUUAAAUGACACCUUGGGGUUAUUUAACAAUUAUUACCUAAGUGGAGGUGAAUAGUACAAUGACCAAAAAAACAACGAAAAUGUUUUUAAAACAAUUUGUAUUUCAGUUCCCGUAAUAGUUGUAAACAAAACAGUAUUUACACGCUUUCGGUAAUUUUAACAUUUUCGUGCAGUUUGGCGAAACCGUAGGUUCGUUUAGUACAAAAGGUUUAUCGGAACCGGAACGAAACGGGAAGCCAUAAUGUAACCGGAACGAAACGGGAAGCCAUGUUGUUUUGUCCUGAGGUGAAUAGUGCAAGGAUAUCUGGAGCUGAACAACCAGGUCAACUAAUCAAAUUGCGUGAAAAGCACUAUCCACGUCCCGAGUAUAGACCCAUUGCACUGACGUCACAAAUCCUUAGAGUGUCCUCCAGAUGCAUCAUCACUGGCGCUGUGACGUCACGUGCAAUGGGUCUAUAUAUGCCAAACAAUAAUAUAUUUUAUUAUUUAUUUAAAAAAUUCCUGGUUUCUGAUUGGCUAACAGCCAACUGUGAAAUUGUCAUAUCAACUCAAUGGCUAACCAAAUACGGAUUUUCCACAUUCAUAUUAGCAAAAUGACGUCAAAGAGUCGAUAUGAAAAGAAUUUGGACGCGUUUGCGCCAUAUUACUAUGACGACGAGAAUCAAAUUGACUCGCUGACGCCAUUGAUAUGACGCGACGACGGCUGCCGAAGGACUAAGGAAUUGUUUUUUUCUUAAUACAAAUAAAAUACAAAUGUUUGUUUUGAAUUUUUUAAAUAAAUAAUAAAACAAUUAUUGAAUUCGGUUUUCGCACAAUAUGAAGAAUUAUCAAGCCCUCAGUUUGCCGUUAUCAACCCCAGCCUUCGGCUUCGGUUGAUAACGGCAAACUUCGGGCUUGAUAAUUCUUCAUAUCGUGCUCAACCUCAUUCAAUAAUUGUUAAAUAUAUGUAGUGCUUUAUUAACAUCGGGACAACAUUGGGACGAGAGGUUUGUCUCCGCUUAAAAUUAGAGGUGUUCGUUUGUAUACGACUAUACUCUAAUUUUAAAAUACAACAAGACUUGGUAUCCUUAACCAAUUAAUUUCCCAUUUUCUCUGUUCGAAGUGGAGGAUUUUUUUGGAAUGAGCCAUUUAUUGAUAAAGGUCCAUACUGUAAAUGACUAUUGUCUAUCUCCUUUCCCAUUUCUCGCAGCCAUUGUGUGGGUUCCUUUCAUCAGAAUUCAUUCCAUUUCGUUUCACAAGUGGAGGUGGUCGAGAUCUCUUUUAUUAUGAUGAUCCAGAAAUUGAACUGAGUAAGAUCAUUGGUACACCUUUACCUCGUCUUCCACUUGAUAUUUCACUCAAAGGUAAUUAUUAAAUGAGAUUUUACUACAGUAUGAGUUUCCAUUUGGGUUAAAAUGUUGAGCCAGCUAUACGUGUUUGAAAAGUAAAUAAUUAUACUGUAAUAAUUAUACUGAGAACAUUUUGGGCAAAGUACAUUAUAUGCUUUUGUCAUCAAAAUGUAUUGUAUAUAUUUUACUCUUUUCUUUAUAAUUUUAAGUACUGUUCAGUUGCUUAAUCAUUCAUGGUAUCCAAACCGAAGAAAUCUGUGAACCUCAAAGAGAGGCCCUGAGAGAUUUGUUGCUUUUGAUUGUUUUGAAAACCAAUCAGCCGCCCUUCUGAGACAAUUGCAACAUAUUUUCGUUUAAUUUAAUGUCUGAAAAGGAACAGAGGAAUUCAACUUUGAAAACGAAAUAUAAUUAAUUUGGAAAGCUGUGAAUUAACUAUGUACACUAGUAACUUAUCAUUUUUGUCAUUUUUAGCUCACUGGUUGAGUGUCGAAGGUGUUCAGCCAGCAAUCCCGGAAAACCCUCCACCAGGUUUGCAUAAAGAUAUUUAUUGUUUUAGCUAAAUGUCUGGAUUCUAUACACACUGUAUGAAAUGACCAUUCAAAAUAUAAGACAAAUCCAUGAAACUUUUUGACGGGCUUAUCCAGGAUGUUUUUUACAGGGGAUGUAAUAGAUUUCCAGGAAAGAUCACCCCAAUGUUACCACCACGUGAUUGUCCACAUCUGCCAUUCUGCCAUAAAAAGUUCCUUAAAAUGUGAGUUCAGAUAAGUAAUGUAUUCUUGCCAGAUUAGAAGACUUUCUUUUAUUUAUUUGCAGUGUCUCAUGAACUACAGUCGAAAGAUGUUAUGGAGAAAACUCCAAAAAUGAAGUUAAAAGACAACACAGUUUCUUCAACUGCUAGUACUAAACCUACUGCAGUAAAAACCACAACAGCGACCACAUCUAAGACUGAUUCAAAGUGGUUAGCAGCAUCGAUCGUUUCUACUACAGCUGCUUCUGAUAAACUUAAACCGUUGGUGACCCACGAACUCUCUGUUGUAAGUCAACCGAUUUAUGACAUUGAAGUACUUCUACAGCAUUUGCAACAUAUUUCAGACAUUUUAAUCUUUCCGAGACUGUUUCCAUAAUUUUGUAAUGUUAUUAUAAUGUUAAUGCGUUUUUAUGCGAACCAAGAUUUGAAUAGGUUAAAUGUUAAAGGUAUAGGUUAAAACCUUAAAUUGCAGGUAAUAAGUGCAGUAUACGUGCGUCUAAUCGUGUUGCCAGAGGGUGGACGGGUUUUACUAAGCGUUACUGUACUCAGUGUACUGCAUGUGCUUUGUGUUCAACGUCCAAAUUCCCGCAGUUAUAUCUGCUCGGUAUUUUCCGGUAUUUAGGCAACAUUCUGCUCUAUCUAGCGAGAUGCCCUAAAAUAAGAAUACUUACUCUUAUGCUGUUGGCAUCAUACAUAAACUUGUGGUGGUAUAACUCUUGGCAACUGGAUUCUGUAGCUCAGUAUUUGGAGCGCUGCACCAGAAUCACAGAGGCACAAGUUCAUGCAAUUUCUGCCAGGGCGCCUAUUAUUAUCAUUUUUUACUGCUCCUCCAUGGUUAUAUGUCUAAACUGUGCAUAUAGUUUUCGCCCAAUAUUUCCAUCUACAAAAAUUCUUUAAUAUUCUGUAGUGUUCAAUAUAAUAAAUAUAUGCAUUAGUUUUGUGCAGCUCCUAUAUCAGCACUGACCAGGUGCCAUAGUGACCACUCUCUCCUCCGCAGAGGUUAUUAAUUGUUCUUCGGACAGUUCUCGGAAUUAAUCGGGGUAGGUACUGGCCAGAAAUAAUGCGGGCGCAGAAUGAUUUUUCUCUAGCACCCUGUCCCGAUUAACUGCGAGAACUGUCCGAAAACAAUUAAUAACCUCUGCGGAGGAGACUAGGUACUGACCAGGUGCAUGGCAGCGUCGUUUUCAGGGGGUCGGGGGGUCGGCUGAGAUCAGUAUCAGUCUGCUAUCGCAGACUAACCGAAGUAGUGCAACGCGAAGUUUUGUAUUUGCAACCUCCAUAUUAAGUUUUUCUUACAUUAUUGUUUACUGUCCUUAGGAACAACAACUGUACUAUAAAGAAGUGACCGAAGCUUGUGUAGGUUCAUCUGAAGCCAAACGUGCAGUAAGUCUUGAAAAUUGUAUAUUCCGAUAAAUUGCAACAUGACAUAAUAAACAGAUAAUAUAUAGCUACGAGCAACAAAUUGCUGCAAGUUGCAACAAACAGAUUUCAACACAACCUAUUUAAGAAAACUUACACAUAAUUAAAACUUGAUACAAAAUUCAUAAUUUCUAACUUUCGUGCGUUGGAAUUAUGUUUUUUGCCUCAUAUCUUAAGGUGGCUCGAUGCAGUUUUUAAAAAAGUGGAAAAUUCACCGAUUUAGAUCCGUAUUUUUGGACAAGUAUUACUUGUUGAAAAACAAAAAGUAUCACGUUUUGAAAGCCAAAUUUUGUGAAGUAUACAAUCGCCUGCCAACAUUAGUAACCAAGUGAGAUAACGUUCAUAGUUCGUAUGUUCUUAAAAAGUUGAGCUACUGCAUGUCAGAAUACAAACUGCACAUGCAAAACACAUCUUCAGUGAUAAAUAUAUGUGAAACUCUAUAACGGUUUAAUAUAACUGUAAAUCUAGCUUGAACGGUUAAAUAUGUUUUGCACUUGUUUAUGUAGGAAGCCUUACAGAGUCUCUCAAGUGAUCCUGGUCUCUAUCAGAUGCUACCACGAUUUUGUACAUUUAUUGCUGAAGGGGUAAAUAUCACGCAUUUUACAAGCUUGUUUGUUGUAAACCGAGUCAUUUUGAUUGCAAGGUCACAAUAUGUACAGAGCUAGGCUGGUUGACAUAUGUCUGGAUAGGGCGACUUGAUGACCUGGUAGUUGUACAUUAAUUUUACGUAACGUUAUUACCAUAUAAUAUGUACGUCGGGUUUUUUAUGUCUAUUGGAGAUUGGCUAGUUCCUCUGCAGGCUGGGCUGUAUUCACACCGUAUUAUUGUAAUUCUGCGUUUCGACUAAUCUAUCGUCAUCGUCGGGAAUUAUGAAUAAUUAUUUUGGAUAAUUCCUGAAGAUGAAUAUGGCUUAGUCAAAUGUAGCAUUGUAAUAAAAAUGAAAAUUUUCCUUAAAAUGUACAGAGCAUUCGAUAUAGCUAUAUAUAAAUACGGGUACGCUUUCUGACAUACGAGGUAGUACAGCACCAUUUUAACAUCAUGCAGUCUUUUACUCACAAGAAAGACUUGCACGCCUUUUAAGCGUAUGUAACUUAGAUGAUUUAAGCGUACAUGUAUGUAAAAGAGAUGGACCAUUUGAUAAGGCGUAUAUUUCCCUAUGGCGGCCAUCAUGGAUUUUCGAAUGGCGGCCAUCUUGGAUUUAAUUUUUGUUUAUUCCUUGUAAACUCCAAUAUAUAAUUUAAGCGUAUAGCUUUCGACGUUUUGUUGGUUGUAUCCCUAUCAUUCCGCAGCUUUCUAAUAUACUGUAAAUUAUGAAUUCCUUGGUGGAGGGCAAUUUUUUCGAACUUGUUCGAUUACUGUGCUUAAAGGCUGAUUUCCACUGUUGCGUUUUUCGGGGAAUUAUUAUAAUGACAAUUUAGGCCAUUAUAUUGGUUAGUAUAUAUCAACGAUUUUAAGGCCGUUUUAAACGUCGGUAAAAAGUCAUACCAUUAGUUUAUUAUAUACAGACCAAAACGAAGCCGUUAUUCCAUGACUUAACGGCCUCGUUUCGUUCAGUAUACUAGCAGUAUCAAAACGAAGCCGUUAUUCCAUGACUUAACGGCCUCGUUUCGUUCAGUAUACUGGCAGUAACGAAAAGAAGCCGUUAUGCCAUGACUUAACGGCCUCGUUUCGUUCGGUAAAUUGGCAGUAACGAAAAGAAGCCGUUACUCCAUCACUUAACGGCCUCGUUUCGUUCAGUAUACUAGCAGUAUCAAGACAAAGCCGUUAUGCCAUGACUUAACGGCAUCGUUUCGUUCGGUAAAUUGGCAGUAUCAAGACAAAGCCGUUAUGCCAUGACUUAACGGCCUCGUUUCGUUCGGUAAAUUGGCAGUAACGAAAAGAAGCCGUUACUCCAUGACUUAACGGCCUCGUUUCGUUCAGCAUAUUAGCAGUAGUAGAGGUUAAGAUACCCCGGUUCCGGUUUACGGGUACGGGUGAUAUACACAAGACGUUCGGUAAAUUGGCAGUAACGAAAAGAAGCCGUUACUCCAUGACUUAACGGCCUCGUUUCGUUCUGGCAUAUUAGCAGUAGAGAGGUUAAGAUACCCCGGUUCCGGUUUACGGGUACGGGUGAUAUACACGUACCCGUACCCGUAAAUCUGGGAACGACUUCACUUAAGAAAUCCAAGAUAGUAAAUUGGCAGUAACGAAAAGAAGCCGUUACUCCAUGACUUAACGGCCUCGUUUCGUUCAGCAUAUUAGCAGUAGAGAGGUUAAGAUACCCCGGUUCCGGUUUACGGGUACGGGUGAUAUACACGUACCCGUACCCGUAAAUCUGGGAACGACUUCACUUAAGAAAUCCAAGAUAUUCCGGCAUGAGAAAACCGAUCAGACAAUGGCAACUUUCGCUGUUGAGGUUCGUCAUUCAUUGUUCAAACUUUGACAAGUAUAUGUGCAGUAUUUAAUUGGGUAAGAUUAUGGAUAAUUUUUACUAUUUGAGCUCUCUAGUUCCCAAACGAACCCGCGACCUUUGGGAUACUAGUUCAGGGUUCGAUUCCCACAGUGGUCAGGCUAACUUUUCAGCCUGCCCGGUGUGGAUAUACACUCAGAGUAACAUCAAGAACAUUAUAUUCACCUGAGUACAUAACAUCAAAACACACACAAAAAAUUAUAUAUAAAUUACUUUUAAAAAUAUACUUUUGCUGAAAUAUACUAUACAAAAUAUACUACGGACCUAUCUUACAAAAUUAUUUAGGCUUCGUUUCGAUACCACUAAUAAUCUAAUAUAAACUAUAUAGACUAUACGGCGAAUACUGAAAAUCGCCUUGGCGAGUAGGUUACUUGAAUGCUAUUUUGAUAAAUUAUUUUUUCAUAUAAACUUAAAAUGCUUCAAACAAGGGAAAUGCUUCAUUUUGAAGAACGGGAAUGAUGCGAAAAUAUGCGAUAAAAUUGAUUUUUAAACUUGUCGGAUUUUCAAACUUGUUGGCUCCAUUUCUCCGAGUUUGAAAAUCAUACAAAUUUUAAAAUGAAGAAAAUCAAACAAGUUUUAAAAUAUCAAAUAUAUGCAUCAUUCCCAUACUUACUGAUGCUAUGACACAUGAAGCAUUUCCCGACAAUUUACAACAUUUUCCCAAGUGAAAAUAAUAUGCGCAAUAACGAUGCGCAGACAGUGAGCACCGCCUAAUAAAACAAGCAAUAAUAAUAAUAAUAAAAAUAAUGAUAAUAAUAUUCUAUUCUCAAUCUAAAUACUAUAAAAUUUAAGUAAACUACUUACAAACUUAUAGUAAAAUAGUAAAAAUUAUCCAUAAUCUUACCCAAUUAAAUACUGCACAUAUACUUGUCAAAGUUUGAAACAAUGAAUGACGAACCUCAACAGCGAAAGUUGCCAUUGUCUGAUCGGUUUUCUCAUGCCGGAAUAUCUUGGAUUUCUUAAGUGACAAGUCGUUCCCAGAUUUACGGGUACGGGUAUGUGUAUAUCACCCGUACCCGUAAACCGGAACCGGGGUAUCUUAACCUCUCUACUGCUAAUAUACUGAACGAAACGAGGCCGUUAAGUCAUGGCAUAACGGAUUCGUCUUGAUACUGCUAGUAUACUGAACGAAACGAGGCCGUUAAGUCAUGGCAUAACGGCUUCGUCUUGAUACUGCUAGUGUACUGAACGAAACGAGGCCGUUAAGUCAUGGCAUAACGGCUUCGUCUUGAUACUGCUAGUUUACUGAACGAAACGAGGCCGUUAAGUCAUGGAGUAACGGCUUCUUUUCGUUACUGCCAGUAUACUGAACGAAACGAGGCCGUUAAGUCAUGGAAUAACGGCUUCGUUUUGAUACUGCUAGUAUACUGAACGGAACGAGGCCGUUAAGUCAUGGAGUAACGGCUUCUUUUCGUUACUGCCAGUUUACUGAACGAAACGAGGCCGUUAAGGCAUGGAAUAACGGCUUCGUUUUGAUACUGCCAGUAUACUGAACGAAACGAGGCCGUUAAAUCAUGGAAUAACGGCUUCGUUUUGAUACUGCCAGUAUACUGAACGAAACGAGGCCGUUAAAUCAUGGAAUAACGGCUUCGUUUUGAUCUGUAUAUAAUACUAUUAUUAAUGGUAUGGUCUGUAUAUAAUACUAUUAUUAAUGGUAUGAUUUUUUACCGACGUUUAAAACGGCCGGUUACUGCCAGUAUACUGAACGAAACGAGGCCGUUAAAUCAUGGAAUAACGGCUUCGUUUUGAUCUGUCUAUAAUACUAUUAUUAAUGGUAUGAUUUUUUACCGACGUUUAAAACGGCCGCAAAAUGACUGAUAUAUAUAGACGAGAAUAAUGACUUAAUUCGUUAUUCAGUAUACUGAACGAAACGAGGCCGUUAAAUCAUGGAAUAACGGCUUCGUUUUGAUCUGUAUAUAAUACUAUUAUUAAUGGUAUGAUUUUUUACCGACGUUUAAAACGGCCGCAAAAUGACUGAUAUAUAUAGACGAGAAUAAUGACUUAAUUCGUUAUUAUCUAUUCAUUCCCUAUUAAGCUGGGCAUUUCUUUGUGGGUCUGGCUGUCUGGAGGGCAUGCAGUUGCCCCCUCUCCAUUUUUAAAAUUUUAGUGUCUUUGAAAUGGCAUUUCCCACAUUUUGCAGGCCUUUUUUAAGGAUUUUCCCGUGGGGGGGCAUUUUUUGAAAAGGGACUUUUCUGUGGGAUAAUCUAUUAGAGGGGGAUAGCAAUGGCUGAAGGCUACGUGUGGCCAAUAUACCACGCAUGAAUGGGGGGUCUGGGUGUACUCCCCCAGAAAAUGUUUGAAAUUUGACUCCCGGAAAUGUCAUUUCCUGCAUUCUGAGCAUCCAAAUUUGCUCCAAAAUUUAUCCUAACUAUACUUGUAUUUGAAAUAAAUAAAGGAAGAAACACACAAAAAGUAAAAAAAAAUUAACCAUCAUUUAUCAUUACUUAUUAGAGGAGGAUAGCAAUGGUCAGGUGUGUGGGGGUGUAUUCCCCCAGAAAAUUUUUGAAAUUUGAACCACGGUAAUGCCAUUUCCUGCUUUCUGAGCAUCCAAAUUUGCUCUAAAAUUUAUGCUAACUAUAGUUGUAUUUGAAAUAAAAGAUGGAAAAAUGCACAAAAAGUAAAAAAGAAUAUUAACUGUAAUUUAUCAUUACUUAUUGGAGGGAUAAUCCCCAGAAAAUUUUUGAUAUUUGAAACCCGGAAAUGCUAUUUCCUGCAUUCUGAGCAUCCAAAUAUUAAAAAUAUUAUUAACAAUAAUUUAGAAAAAAGUAACAAUUUAAAUCGAUUUUGUUAAACUUUUAGGACAAGGGAUGAAGCCUAAAACUUACUUUCCGUUUAUGUAUUUGUUAAUCUUCGCUGGUUUGUUUGUAUAAUUUUAGGGAAAAGGGACUUUUCCUGGGGGGGGGGCAAAAUGUGAUUUUGUGGGGGGCACAAGGGGGGACUGGGGGGCAUCCCCCCCAGCUUGUAUGUUAAAAAAGGCCCUGUAUCGAACUCUCAAAGACUGAGACAUUUUGGUCGAGACUUGUUUUUUGCUAGUUUUUUCUCGUUUACAAAAGUGAAUUAUGCUCUUACCUGAACAUUAAAAAUUAUACGAUACGAAAUAUACUGGAAUGUCAAUUCUGAACAACUUCUGAGCUUUUCGGCCGCAAAAACGACACAACUGGAGUAUAGAACAUCGUGUAGAACAACUUUUUGAUCUCUUUUUGACUUGUCAACACAAGUUUCGAACUUCACUCCUUCGAGUAUAAUUUUCCCUUUUCGCAGCGUUCAAGUAGUGUUUGUAGCCCCAUUUGUUGUUAAAAAUGUCCAGUCUAACCCAUUUUCUUGAAAUUAAAACGAAACAGCAAGCCACCUGGAUAGUUUCGUUAAAAUCGCUGUUUUUAUGACAAAAAUUCGGAUUUCCCCAUCUAUUUCCUUAUAAAAAAAUUUCACGGUACUGGCUGGGAAGUUACGCAUGCGCAGUAUGGCCGAUCAUGCGUGUGACUUGUUUUGGCUUGAGUGAACUCUCUGUAUAUACUUCCUCUGUGAUUUCGCUGUCGUCAUGCAGUCGUUAUAAUGCAAACUUUAAAUUGGACCAAUCAGUGUCCGCUAUUCAUGACAGUCCGCCAUAUUUUUGCGAUCAGUGAGGAUUACCACCCACCGAAACAUCGUUGGUGAGCCACGCCCGCGAUUAUUGAUGAACUUUAGACUUCGCUAAUGCUUUCGUUUCCGCUGGUGUAAAUAACCGGGGGUAUUAGUACCCUUGCACGGCUCUUCGCGCCGUCGGCUCGUGGACUAUAUAUUGGAGAAGUUGCAGGGAAGUAUGGGUAAUAUGAUUCUUUGCAGUUUGUCAUGGAUAAUGUAACGGCUUAAAAUUAAUUAUUUGUCAGUAUUUCGAAGGUAUAUUAUUUAAAUGAUAAAGGUUGCAUGACUUUGAAAAAAAUAAUUAUUUGCAAAUUAUUGAUAGGGCUGCAGGCCCCAGCCCGGUUGCAAUGGCCCUGAGUAGUAAUAAACAAAAAACAUUUACUGAUUUACGAUUUGUUAAAUGUUAUCAAUGUAAAUGCCAUGAUUUCGUAAAUCAGUUUAUACUGACAAUACAAUUACAUUAUAUUUUCUCUGUUUAACCAACUAAACUUUUGUUAUACUAUUAUUGCCACAAUUUUCCGAAUGCCCAACCUGAUUUUCCGAAUAUGUUAACUGUAAAAAAGUUGGGGGGUGGGUGGGUUAACCAAUACACCCCGCCCCCCUCGCUACGGCCCUGUCUGUCCCGUGAGAUGCGAUGGCCUCUUGACGCAAACACUAUGCAAAUUUAUACUAGACAAACAAACGAUUCGCCUUAAUACCGUCGCUUGCAACUAAGGAUGAACGGUUGCAGAUAAAACAUUGUCUUUCUCAUGACAAAGUACAAUGUUUCUACCGAGAAACUUCAAUAUUUAUGAUGAUCAUGUAAUGGUUUCAAUUAGCUCAGCCAAUCAGCUUGGAGCUAGUUAAAAGUGUUCUUGACAAAUAUUGAAGAUUCUCACACAAAUAGACAAUGUUUUUAUAUGCGACGGUCCACCUUAGUUGCAAGCGUAGUUCGUUUUUUACCUUUUUUGCGGGCAAGGAAAUACCCUUUCUACGGCCUCCCUAAAAACCGCCUGCCACGCAAGCUAGGCUGGAUCAAAAAAGGCGGAUGUUGAGUGGCUUGUCAGAGUGACUAAUUCUGAUCUGCUGGUGGUAGAUCAAAACUCGUGAAACAACGCACCUGUAUGGUUAGUAGAUUACAAAGAGUUUUAUGAAGGGGGAACUAUUAAUGCGGUCGACAAGCACAAAAAUCAUAGCUUGCACUAUACUUUACGUUCAGCUUUGAUGAAUGCUUUUUCAAGCAAUACUUAUGCAUUUAUGACAUUUAUAAUAUUUAUAAUAUUAGAAGGCUAUAUUAAUAUAGUUUGAAUAAAAGAUUGUAUUUAUCUGUUUGAUUCUCAUUCACGAAAUGUUUGUGGUACACCUGUACAUGCCUGAUCCAAAUGAUAAUAAAUGCAUACCCAGUUAAUGCGAAUUUAUAGAACUUUAAGACAUGCAAUUACUAUGCUGAAGACUGCCCAACUAUCCAAGAGACGACUGAGGAAGACACACGAACUUCCAGUAUUUACUCGCAGCAUUUCACUUACAAUUUGUAAUUCUAGUUGUACGAGUGUAGUCCACCGACCAAAUGGUCUACGGACCAGGUCCGUGGACCUGGGGUCCGAGUUUUGUCGUUUCCCAGCUGAAGUUUAUGGAAAUCAGGACAAACCUUUAUCCGAUUUACAAACAUUGAUUAAACAUUCAUUUCUUUGUCUUUUUCUCGUGAAUUAUUGAGAUUUUUAAGUAUUAUAUUCAAUGGUAUUAUUUCAUACACUUAUUUGUAUGUGUAUUGAUUAACCCUUAAUCUAUUAUCUGGAGAAUUCUAUAUUUAAUAUAUUGUGCGGCUUGCUAAUGCUUCGUAUUAUUUGUUAUAUACAUUUCUUCAUUGUACAUUUUACGCCCUGCGUCAAUUUGACAGUCGACAGCCUUUGUUUAGCAGAUGCGAAAAGCUGGUAAAUGAAUAAAGGCGGAUUUCCAGUCCUCGCACGAAGCUCCUCGCAGCUCGCUGCGAGUACUCGCACGAAUGUCAUCCCGUUUCUACCACACGCCAAUCUCGUAGCUCAUGGCAUGCCCAUUCGCAGGUUAGGUAGUAGCGGGAAGAGUUCAAAGUUAAAAAUGGCACUUAACAAAAAGCAAUUAUUGCUUUUGUUGUUCGUACCAAAUACUUAGAAGGGCUUUGGGUAAGACCAAUAUUCCAAACGAGGGCACAAUUAAGUGAAUUUUUUACACUACUAUAGUUAAAGAAUUACGGGAGGAAGACCACGAAGGCUACUUCAAUUAUUUCAGAAUGUUACCAGACCAAUUUGAUUAUUUACGCAAUUUGGUAAAGCCACUAAUUUAGAAAUCCAAUAAAAACUAUUAAAAUUUCUGUAUUUUCAUCACCCCAUCUAGCCUCCAUUUUGAAAACAAAAUAUCACGUGACUGUAAGUCGUUUUAUGAUUGGUUUAUUAUUGCGACCUCUCGCAGCGAGUAAAAAUUUUGAACUAUUUUUUGCGAGCGGCAAAACACUCGCAGAACGCCUGCGAGUUCUCGCAGCAAGCUGCGAGGAGCUUCGUGCCAGGACUAGAAAUCCGCCUUUAAAGCAUGGUUCCGUGCAGGCUCGCCUUUCUCCCGGUGACGCAGGCUAAAUCUCAUGCCAAUAGGCCAACAAAUUUUGUAACCUUAUGCUGACGAUCUGACUAACCAGCAAGUUUUCUAUAUAACAAGUUUUCAUAGGCAAGUUUUAUUUGCAUGUGCGUAUAUACAACAAAUCUUCUCUGACGAAUAUUCGAUUUUUUUACUGGAAAGUUCUUGAAGUUGAAAAAAACAAAUCUAAGCCUAAGGCCUGGAAAAUCCUUCAUCGUUCAGGCCUUAAAAUAUAUUUUGCAGGGCCGUCUGACAAAAUGUUCGAUGACUUUGAGUUUGGGUCGCACUAUAUGAUGAUGUACAACGAUCUUCAGUUCAGUUUAGCUCUGAAUGACGAAAUAAGUCUGAAUGACGCAAAUUAAUAUCAGCACAAUGUAUUAAUUCUGAAUUAAAUGUGAAGAUAUUAGAUAACUUGUAGCAUUCAUGCUUAUUUCCAAAGAAAUGUUUAACAAAAAAACUUUGCAGGAGCUCUUCUUACAAUCUGCUGGAAAUUUAUAUUAUCUCGAGAAGGAGAAUGCCACAUUCCAAGGUCGUAGAUUCGAUUCCCACCGUGGCCAGGCGUAUUUUUUAAGCAUGCCCAGUGUGGUUACACACUCAGAGUAACAUCACAAGCGUCAUAAUUUACUUGUUUAAAAAUUCCAAAAGUGUUUGCAAGUCGAGAUUGCCUCACGCUGACAUUAAAAUUUACCACAAUGUCCGACCGCAUGAUACGUUCUCAGAAAUCUACUUAUUCAGGAAGUUUAUAUUUGGAUUUUGCUGCCAGGAAGUGAAAUAUAUUUUCAUGAAUUUUAUAUUCACUAAUGGUAGAAACCCUGUACUAUAUGCACUGUUACACCAGGGUGAUCCAGGUAUUCGUGGUGGGGACAUAUUCGGCACAACUUCCUUAUGUGCAGUACUAGUAAAAGUUUUCAACCAAAUAAAACUUUGUUUUUAAUACUUGUUUCAAACUUACAUUUCAUAGAAGUACCCAGUGGUAUCAGGAUGGCUUUUACACUUGAUGGCUUCUAUAUUUAAAUGGGUAAUUAUUUACAUUAAUAGCUACAAUUAACCGAUAAUUCAAAUUACGGUUUCUUUACAUGCAAAAUGAAUGGCACAUCGUCCAACUGGAUUUGAACAAUGGUAUCAGACUUUAAGGAAUGGUAAUCAAUUCCCAAUUGUCGCAUAUUUAGUCAAUUGAUCGUCAUACAUACCCCCCUCUUCUGUGAUCAUACAUUAUUAACCCAUCGAGUGGCAACACUUUCCCACUGACGAGUAAAUCGUCUGGCACUAGACAGGGUAAAAUAUUAAAAUAGGGUGCAUCUGGGCACAUUGCCACUUAAUUAGUAUAGGUAAUCAGAGUACUAUUAAUCCCUAAUUAUACGAGCAACAUCGCAUGAUUACUUGUUUAUUAUUAGCAUGACAAAAUUGGAUACGUACUUCUCAAUGUCAACAUCAUAUUCUCUCGCUCAAGCCCAGUGAAAGUGACCCCGCCCAGUGUCGACAUAGCUCUAACUUCAGAAAACAAAAAGGGAUAGUCUUUCUGAAGUGCUUAUAGUGUUUAGAAGGGUUGCUUUUAGGAGUGCAUGGUCAUUGGAAGAAAAAAUUUGUCUAAGUAUAAUAUUUUACAAGAAAAUGACCCGGGUUAAUUGCUAAUUAUGCAUAAAAUAACUAAUAUGCCUGGCAGAAAUUAAAUAUUCUUAUUUCCUAAAAAUAUUAUCAUGCUUAAUUUAAUAUAAAUAUUGUUGAUUUCAUGAGGAUUGUCAUUGUUUUUUUUAAAUAUAAUACAUUUUAUUUCACUUACCCCCCACGAAAACACGUUUUCAGCCAUAUUUUGCCGUCUUGUUUGCUUUUUAUCGCCGAAUCUCGCAAAUAUCUUCCACUUGUUGUACUUUUGCAUAAUCAUAAAUGGCUGAAGAAGAUUACAAAGAAGGUUUCAUCAAGUUUUGAACAGUGCAGUGUAUUUUAUCUUCGAUAUUGUGUCGUUCGAUAUUUCGUCAAAUUGCCGCCAUUUUAAUGGCUCGCCGCUUCUCUGCCCGAUAAAUGCCACUUCUUCGUUUCCAUAUGUAUUUAGAUUACAUUAUCCAAGAGUAGUUCAUUCUAGAAUAGUCCCAAUCCAAAAAUUGAAAACAUUAUUUGUACUUGGGAGGAAAAAACCUCCCACAAUAGUUGUCCUGUCAGAAUUCAAAAGAAGUAAUUUAAAAGUCACGCGCAAGUUCGCGAAAACAACUCGUGGGCUACUUGACAGGGGGGGGGGAUGAAUAUUUUCACGUGGCUACUUGACAGGGGGGGGGUGAAUAUAUAACCUAACUAAAUGUAUUUAUAUUUUUUGUAUUUUUAUAAUUGAUGAUAAAAAUACGCAAAUAUUUAUUGUUUUUAUCAUAAAUCACAAAAAUACAAUAAAUAUAAUGUACUUAGUUAGGUUGCUGUGGCCUGUGGUGGCGAACAAACGUUUCGUGAAAAUAUUCACCCCCCUGUUAUGUAACACACGAGGUGUUUUCGCGAACUUGCGCGUGACUUUUAAAUUACUUCUUUUGAAUUCUGACAGGACAACUAUUAUGGGAGGUUUUAUCCUCCCAAGUACAAAUAAUGUUUUCAAUUUUGGGAUUGGGACUAUUCUACAAUGAAGUACUCUUGGAUAAUGUAAUGUAAAUACAUAUGAAAACGAAGAAGUGGCAUUUAUCGGGCAGAGAAGCGGCAAGCCAUUAAAAUGGCGGCAAUUUGAUGAAAUAUCGAAGGACACAAUAUCGAAGAUAAAAUACACUGCACUGUUUCAAAACUGGAUGAAACCUUCUUUGAAAUCUUCUUCAGCCAUUUAUGAUUAUGUAAAAGUGCAAUAACUGGAUGAUAUUUGCGAGAUUCGGCGAUAAAAAGCAAACAAGACGGCAAAAUAUGGCUGAAAUCGUGUUUUCGUGGGGGGUAAGUGAAAUAAAAUGUAUUAUAUUUAAAGAAAAUAAUGACAAUACUUAUGAAAUCAACAAUAUUUAUAUUAAAUUAAGCAUAGUUUUUCACCCCAUGAUAAUUUUUUUUUAGGAAAUAAGAAUAUUUAAUUUCUGCCAGGCAUAUUAGUUAUUUUAUGCAUAAUUAGCAAUUUACCCGGGGUGGUGCAUGGUCAUUUUCUUGUAAAAUAUUAUACUUAGACAAAUUUUUCCUUCCAAUGACCACCCCUAAAAGCAACCCUUCUAAACACUAUAAGCACUUCAGAAAGACUAUCGCUUUUUGUUUUCGGAAGUUAGAGCUAUGUCGACACUGCCGUUUCAGGGCGGGGUCAUUUUCAGGACUUUCGUCCCGGAUUCAGGUUUUGGCACAUAUGCCAUGUUGACCGCAAUGGUCAUUUUACCCUAAAACAGUUGAGAUUACCUGUGCUAAAUGAAACGCAUACAAACUCAUAUACAGGUCCUAGACUACAAACAAAAGCACCAAAUUUUGGUUGAAAAUCUGGCAGAACUGGGCUUGGACGAGAGAAUAUGAUGUUGACAUUGAGAAGUACGUAUCCAAUUUUGUCAUGCUAAUAAUAAACAAGUAAUCAUGCGAUGUUGCUCGUAUAAUUAGGGAUUAAUAGCACUCUGAUUUACCUAUACUAAUUAAGUGGCAAUGUGCCCAGGUGCACCCUAUUUUAAUAUUUUACCCUGUCUAGUGCCAGACGAUUUACUCGUCAGUGGGAAAGUGCUGCCACUCGAUGGGUUAAUAAUGUAUGAUCACAGAAGAGGGGGGUAUGUAUGACGAUCAAUUGACUAAAUAUGCGACAAUUGGGAAUUGAUUACCUCUUUGUUUUCGGAAGUUAGAGCUUUAUCGACACGGCCGUUUCAGGGCGGGGUCAUUUUCAGGACUUUCGUCCCGGAUUCAGGUUUUGGCACAUAUGCCAUGUUGACCGCUAUGGUCAUUUUACCUUAAAACAGUUGAGAUUACCUGUGCUAAAUGAAACGCAUACAAACUCAUAUACAGGUCCUAGACUAUUGUAUUUUCAUUUAGUUCUUUUGUUCAAGCAAAAUUUGGUGCUUUUGUUCAUAUUUUCAUCUAGUUCCUUCACGGCAAUUUCAUUCCACAUCUGUGCUUAAAAUACCUUUCCGCCAUUUUGUUUGUUUUGGGAAAAUCAUUAAUUGUACUGCAGUACAAUUAAUGAAACAAUUGUACUCCUCUCAACCAAUCAGCAUCCAGUAAUUUUGUCAUGCUAAUAUUAAAAGGGUUAAUAGUUAUAUUCAGGUCAUUUUAUUUAUGAAAGCUAUAUAAUAUGUUAUUGAGGGUGGAGUGUUUUCACACAAUUUCGAGUUUUCCCAAUUUCCACGAGUGUUGAUAUUUAACAAAUAUAAAACAUUUUCCGUGUUGAUAUACAGUUAUAAUCAACACGAGUGGAAAUUGGGAAAACGAGAAAUUGUGUGGAAACACGUUUUCUCAAUUUCCACGCGUAUUAGACAGGGUAAAAUAUUAAAAUAGGGUGCAUCUGGGCACAUUGCUACUUAAUUAAAGUUAUAUAUUUUAAUAGUUAUAUUCAGGUCAUUUUAUUUUUGAAAGCUAUAUAAUAUGUUAUUAAUAUUUAACAAAUAUAAAACAUUUUCCGUGUUGAUAUAUAUAUCAACACGAGUGGAAAUUUUGGGGAAACGAGAAAUUGUGUGGAAACACGACGUCUGGAGGGUGGAGUGUUUUCACACAAUUUCGAGUUUUCCCAAUUUCCACGAGUGUUGAUAUUUAACAAAUAUAAAACAUUUUCCGUGUUGAUAUACAGUUAUAAUCAACACGAGUGGAAAUUGGGAAAACGAGAAAUUGUGUGGAAACACGUUUUCUCAAUUUCCACGCGUGCUGAUAUAAUUGUAUAUCAACACGGAAAAUGUUUUAUAUUCGUUAAAUAUUAACAACAUAUUAUAUAGCUUUCAUAUUAUAAUCUAUAUUCGUUGAAAUUGGGAAAACUCGACAUUGUGUGAAAACACUGCGCUCUCCGGACGUCGUGUUUCCACACAAAUAUCAACACGGAAAAUGUUUUACAUUUAACAAAUAUAAAACAUUUUCCGUGUUGAUAUACAGUUACAUCAACACGAGUGAAAUUGAGAAAACGAGAAGUUGUAGUGGAAACACGACGCUCGAGUUUUCCCAACUUCCACGAGUGUUGAUAUAACUAUAUAUCAAUACGGAAAAAUGUUUUAUAUUUAUUUUAUAAUAUAGCAAUGUCAAAAGCGCGGAGUGUUUUCACACAAUGAGAAGUUGUAUGGAAACACGACGCUCGAGUUUUCCCAACUUCCACGAGUGUUGAUAUAACUAUAUAUAUAUCAAUACGGAAAAAUGUUUUAUAUUUGUUUUAUAAUAUAGCAUUUGUCAAAAGCCCGAAGGAUAAGAAAAAUUUCCGUGUUUACAAGCGGCGGAAAAUUUCCCGUGUUGACAUUGAGUUAUAUCAACACGGUUCUUAGCCAAUCAGCGUUCAGAAUUUAUAAAGAAACAUAAAGAAAGAAAUUUCCGACGUUUCCCGUGUUGACAUUGAGUUAUAUCAACACGGUUCUUAGCCAAUCAGCGUUCAGAAUUUAUAAAUGCUAUUUUAGUAUAGAUAAUCAUGGUAAUCAUGCGAUGGCGCGUACAAUUAGUGAUUAAUAGUACGAGUGAUGUUUGGAAAUUUUGACAAAAUUGGACGAGCCGCCUAACAAAUAUAAAACAUUUUCCGUGUUGAUAUACAGUUACAUCAACACGAGUGAAAUUGAGAAAACGAGAAGUUGUAUGGAAACACGACGCUCGAGUUUUCCCAACUUCCACGAGUGUUGAUAUAACUAUAUAUCAAUACGGAAAAAUGUUUUAUAUUUAUUUUAUAAUAUAGCAAUGUCAAAAGCCCGAAGGAUAAGAAAAAUUUUCGUGUUUACAAGCGGCGGAAAAUUUCCCGUGUUGACAUUGAGUUAUAUCAACACGGUUCUUAGCCAAUCAGCGUUCAGAAUUUAUACAAAUGCUAUUUUAGGAUAGAUAAUCAUGCGAUGGCGCGUACAAUUAGUGAUUAAUAGUACGAGUGAUGUUUGGAAAUUUUGACAAAAUUGGACGAGCCGCCGAGGCAAUUCCAGCUUUUUGUUUAUGCGUGCAUGGUACGAUGGGAAGUAAGGUAUCACGUUGCUGAUUAUGCUGAAAAAAUAGAAAUGGUGGCCGUGUAAACACGCAGUGAUAGCUUAUACUUGUAAAUAUUGAAAUAUUUUGGUUGUUGCGGUAGUUUUUAUUGAAAUAUUUCGGCAUAAUCAGCACUAUGAUACCUUACUUCCCAUCAUCCCCUGCAGGCAUAAACUAAAAGCUGGAAUUGCCUAUUGUACGAGCAACAUUGCAUGAUUACUUGUUUAUUAUUAGCAUGACAAAAUUGGAUACUUCUCAAUGUCAACAUCAUAUUCUCUCGCCAUUCCUGCCAUACUUUCUGUCGUAUCUUCAUUUAGUUCUUUUGUUACUAGAAAGAUUUGGUGCUUUUGUUCGUCUUUUCAUCUAGUUCCUCUAGGGAAAUUUAAUUUUCCAUUUGUGUUUAAAAUACCUUUCCGCCAUUAUGUUUGUUUUGCUCUCAACCAAUCGGCAUCCAGUAAUUUUGUCAUGCUAAUAAUAAUAAUUGUUAAAGAAUAACUUAAGCCUUUAAGUGGUGGCAAUGUGCCCUAAUCUGUGUAACACCAGGCAAUUUUGCUCAUCAAGAGGGUAAUGCUGACAUUCAGUGGAUUGAUACUAUAUUAUUUUACUCUGUCUAACACCAGACAAUUUUGCUCAUCAAACGGUUAAGGGUGGUCUAGUGCUGCCACUUAAUUGGGUAAUGGAAUUUUAGUCUAACUUAAGUACAAUUUAUUGAAUAUUAUAUUGACUGGUUUGUUAUUCUUUAUUUAGAAAUUUACUCAUUUUUGUAAGAAAAUUAUAGCAAAAGCAGCGACAAGGUAUUUUGUAGGUUCGCAUAGUAAUAUAAAAAUUGUGUACAGCCGUGAAUAAAACCUUGACAACACACUCAUCUUCAUCUUGUUUAUUUUGAAAUUCACUUUUGAAGUGUGGAAUUGUAGACAGUUUGAUCUAAAAAUCCGGCGAGAUCUACUAUAUAUAUAUAUAUAUAUAUAUAUAUAUAUAUAUCUAUAUAUAUCUGGAUCGAGCAAGAACUUCAGUCAUUAUUCGGUAGAAAAGUGAAGCCAAGAUAGCCGAAUUGACGUCCAAUAGCUCUGAAGUUCGUAAACAUUUUUUAUACCAUUAUAUAUAUAUAUAUAUAUAUAUAUAUAUAUAUAUAUAUAUAUAUAUAUAUAUAUAUAUAUAAAUUCCUAUACGGCUGAAACAGACUGUUGUGGUUCUUUGAGGUAAAACGAAAAACUAUAUUACGCUCUAUCUAUAUGGUAUUGAGCACUGUUUGUGUUUCGUAAACCAAAAUCUUAAGCGAUAUAUAUAUAUAUAUAUAUAUAUAUAUAUAUAUAUAUAUAUAUAUAUAUAUAUAUAUAUAUAUAUAUAUAUAUAUAUAUAUAUAUAUCUGGAUCGAGCAAGAACUUCAGUCAUUAUUCGGUAGAAAAGUGAAGCCAAGAUAGCCGAAUUGACGUCCAAUAGCUCUGAAGUUCGUAAACAUUUUUUAUACCAUUUUUAUCAAGCUAAUUUCAUUUUUUUCUAAUGGAUCAUAUGCUAAUUAAGUUAUCAUGGUGUCAUUGUCACCACGCUUGCCUUUCAAGCUGGGAGAACGGGGUUCAAUCCUUGGUCGUACCGUACCUCUACUCAAGGUCUUAAAAUAAUUGAGGAGAAAAAGCUACUUUUACAUUGACGUCAGUAAAUGGUUAGACGUUCGUGUCGUUUCGGAUACGUUAAAUCGUAGGUACCUCGGAUCCUCUAUUAAUUGAACAAUAGCUUAUUGAGAAAUCAGCUCAUCAACGUCAAUGAAAUUAGAAACUCAACUGAAAUCAUAAUAUUGAUCUUAACUGCAGCUUAACUUAGUAUGCAGCUUCGUGUCAGUAUGACCACAUAUAUAGACAUGCAAAAAUAGCAGAAUGGGAUUGAAACUAAUGUCCAGUAGCUCCAUUUUGGCUCCUCCUUUUGGACCCGAGUUCCCACUCCAGAUAUAUAUGGAGCUUACUGAAAAAAAAACUCGUUCAUCGUACAGUACUGUACAUGCGAGCAAGCACAGUAAAUUUUGUAAAACGUGCUCGUCUGUUUGUGGCUUUAUUGGACCGGGGAUUGCAUUCUGCAACUGAAAACAUGUCUGAAAAUUAACUUGACUUUGACUUUAUUUGAUGAAAAUAUAUGGCAUACCGUGGUUUCGAAAUAAUAAAAUAUGGUAUUAUAUUUUCACUACUUAGGAACACCAAUGUUGAUUUUCUACGUCAGAUGGCAAUUCCUGAUCCUCCGACCUUUAUUCCUCAAGUUCAACCAAGCAACGAACAACAUUUACAUCAGCAAUCAGACCUCAAAUCUCUCUUAAAGAAACCGU